UCCAAGCUUUUCCAGGGCAUUAAAUAAUUUCUCUCUAACAAAAAGCAAUUCAACGUCAACUAGAAAUCUCUUUUCUAAACGGUGGCAAUGCACGUUUAUCACUUAACUUUAAUUCGUCCAACCAGCAUUCUCUUAUACACUUCCCUUCACUGUGAAAGUUUCAACAACCCAGAUCUCUUGUGAAAAAUGCUCAACUCUUUAAUGGUUAUGUUCUCACUUCUUCCACUACUCUUGUUUUGUUCACUCUUUCUUCUCUCACCAGCUGAGCCUGCAGCUGUUGAUGAUACCUACACCCUUCCAUAUGAAUACUUCAUUAACUGUGGAUCAAAGUCCAGAGUGACCUUUGGAAUCAGGAACUUCACCCAAGACCGAAAUUUGGGUCCCUUCUCAUGCAAAGGAAGCAAACCUGUCCGAGACACUAAAUCUUCAGCUUAUACACAUUUGUUAUAUCAAACAGCAAGAAUAUUCAGACACCCUUGGCCUUAUAAGCUUAGAAUAAGCCGAAGCGGCACGUACCUGGUACGACUUCAUUUCUUUGCUUUUUCAUCAUCAUCUAUCAUCUUGACGGAUGCUGUGUUUAACGUCACUGCUAAAGCUGAGUCUGCUGAUGCUGAUGCCUCAGCUCCAUGGUUCUUACUGUUGUCAAAGUUUAAGAUGAAAAAUAGUAAUGAACCACCAGUAGUUAAGGAAUUCUUGCUUAGAAUUGGAGCUGGUGAGUUUGUGAUCUACUUCGUACCUUCGGGAAUAUCAUGUUUGGCUUUUGUAAACGCCAUUGAAGUCUUUCUUGCACCCACUGGCUUCAUCCCUGAUAAUGCCGUACGCAUCAAUUCCUCAGGGAUUAAAGGCAAUUACAGCGGUUUGCUUUCUAAACUCUUGCAGAAAAUUUAUAGGAUCAAUGUUGGAGGUCCCAACGUCACAGAGAAGACUGAUACACUUAUGAGGCAUUGGAUAGCAGAUGACCAGUUUUUGCUCCUUCCAGGCUCUGCUGAAAACAAGCAAAUCAGCUAUGACCAACUAGAAUUUGAACGUGGAGCUAAUGGUUCAACUAAGUAUAUCGCCCCAGAGGAUGUCUAUGGGACUGCCAAAGAGUUGAAUCCAAAAUUUUCAAAUAUUACUUGGCGUUUUAAAGUCGGUGAGAAUGCCAGGUACUUUGUUCGGGCACAUUUCUGUGAUUUCAUUAAUCCCUCUCUUAGUUAUCCUGGGCUCAAUCUCUGUAUCAAUGAAAAAUUUUGUGAGUGGAUAAGUCCAAAUGAGGCAGUUAAUCAGCUGACAGCUCCAUUUUAUGCUGAUUUUGUUGUUGCUUCUGGCAAAACUGGAAAUAUCGACAUAACAGUCGGUCCUCAUAUAAAUGGUACAAGUGAAACUGCUUUUUUGAAUGGCCUUGAGAUUAUGCAGCUAAUGGAAAACUCGUAUUCAUCUUUCGUGCCGCCCAAGCCCAGAAAGAAGAUUCUGGUCGUUAUAGCAGUUUCACUUGGUCUGACAUUUGCAUUCAUUAUAAUGGCGGUGGUGAUGGUUCGUCUAGUUUGCAUGAAAGAAGAUCGGGAUACAACUCCGCGUUUGCCAUCUUCUUUAGCUCUUCUUGGAUACGGCAGUGGAAAUGACAUGUCAACUGGUAGAACUGCAGGUCUUAGUCUGUGCCUUGAACUAAGGAUACCCUUUGCUGAAAUACAGCAAGCAACACAAGAUUUUGACUUGAAAUGUUUCGUUGGUGAGGGUGGAUUCGGUAAAGUAUACGAAGGAACACUUCGUGGCGAGAAAGUUGCUGUUAAACGGAGGGAACCAGGACACAAGCAAGGUCUUGCAGAAUUCCAGACUGAGAUAAUGGUACUUUCUCAAGCUCGCCAUCGUAACCUUGUUUCCUUGAUUGGAUACUGUGAUGAAAAGUCUGAGAUGAUAUUAGUUUAUGAAUUCAUGGAAAAGGGGAAUCUUAAAGAUAAUCUUUACGACAAAGAUGGCUGUUCUAAACAAAAUGGAUUGUCAUGGGAGAAAAGACUUGAAAUCUGCAUUGACUCAGCAGCAGCCCUCCAUCACCUGCACACAGGUUCCCCUGUGAAAAUUAUUCACCGAGAUGUCAAGUCAACAAACAUCUUGCUUGAUGAAAAUUACACAGCUAAAGUAUCUGAUUUUGGUAUUUCGAAAUCAAGAAGUCCUGAUCAUGCACUGGAUAAUACAGGUGUAAAAGGUAGCAUUGGCUACAUCGAUCCAGACUAUUUCAUGUCUUUAGAGUUGACAGAAAAGUCCGACGUGUACUCUUUUGGAGUGGUACUUCUAGAAGUUCUUUGUGCUAGACCAGCUAUUAUCAACUCUCCUCAGAAGGAAGAGGUGAACCUAGCAGAUUGGGGCUUGCACUGCCUAAAGAAACGGCAACUUGAAAAGAUUAUUGAUCCUUUCCUGGUGGAUAAAAUAAACUCAAAUUCAUUGAGAAAAUUUGGUGAAGCAGUUCAGAAGUGCUUGGAGGCAAAGGGUAGUGAGAGGCCUACUAUGAGCGAUGUUAUGUGGGACUUGAAAUAUGCAUUGACUCUACAUACAGGAAUAACCAGAGAAGAGCCUGAUGAAACCACAACAAAUGCUUCAUUGCAAUUUGGGUUACCUGUUCUUCUCCAUUUACCAACUACUAGCUUCCCAGGAGAGGAAAAUGAACAGUCCAUAGUAGCUAACAGUGGCUCAGAGAAAUCUGCUAGUGAAGUGUUCUCCCAGGAGAAGUUUGCUGGUGCCAAAUAAUCUCCAUUAAUUCAAGCUAACAAAUAUGAUUGCUGCAGUUCCAGAGAAGUGUGUUCCUCCAAAUAACAUCACUCAGCUGCUGGUAAUCUUUUGAAUGUCAGAAUAAUAAUCUUCUUGUUCUUAGGUUUGUUUUUAGCCAGGAAGAUUUCGUUUCCUUAAAUUGUAUGCUUGACUAAUAUAAGGGCAUUUAAAAGCUGCUAUGAAUCUGAAUGACCAAGACAUGCAGGUUUCUAUAUGAACACCAGCAAAUAAUCGAGGUUCAAUGUGAAAACAAAAUCAAUCAGGUUCCUCUUCUGCUUGUUGAUGGAUGAUGUUGGUCAUGUAUGAAGUGCUUGUAAUAUAAAUAUCCAAGCAGUAAAUGGAUGUUUACAUAUGAUUUGCUUCCAUUUAAA